AUGCCAGGAAUAGCAAGCGCAAGUGCCGUGGUCACAAGCGUGAAGAUUCUGAGCUUCAAUGUCUGUUUCGGAGUUCGCAGUGAUGUCCAGAUGGUGCCCACCUUCCUCAGAUGCUUUCCCAACGCCGAGAGACUGCAUAUCAUGAGUAAAAGAUGCGCUGAACCCACUGGCAACUACCUCACACUCCAGUUCUGGGAAGAGUCUGACCUCGAAGAAAACCUCGUCUCGCGCAUCAGUGUGAUGAGUUUCCGUGAGUUCACCGGGGAACCAGGCGAGGUCGGCUUCCUCGAGUUCUUCUUCCAGAGUGCGCGGGCGCUGGAGACCGCGUCUGUUUCCAUGGCCAACUCAACCUUCACACCGUUCUCGACGCAGGAGGCGUAUGCCAAAGUGAAACGCAGCUCGAGGAUCAAGGCAAGUGAGUCCAACAUGGUUGUCCUUGGAAGCACCGGCCCCGCGGGAGGUGAGAUCUGGAGCUUGAAAGACGGGGCGGAUUUUUCGUUCCAUGACCCCUUCUCUGAAGUGGAGGUGGUCGGCUGA